UGAAAAGUAGGCUUGCCCUUAGAUUCUGAUACUGUUAUGCUCUAAUCCCCACAGGCUUCUGAUCUCUUUCAUCAUGAACUGGCACAUGAUCAUCUCUGGGCUUAUUGUGGUGGUGCUUAAAGUUGUCGGAAUGACAUUAUUUCUGCUGUAUUUCCCACAGAUUUUUGGAAAAAGUAAUGACGACUUCAUCCCCACAGGGAGCUACGGAACAGUUCCACAGAUUUUUGGGAGAUAUUCUCCAAGUCCCAAGAACUCCAUUCCCACAAGGAGCUAUGGAACAGUUUGUCCCCAAUACUGGGAGUUUUAUCAAGGAAGAUGUUUUUUCUUAUCCAAUUCUGAAUCAUCUUGGAACAAAAGCAAAGACUUCUGUGAAAGCAAGGAAUCUACUUUGGCAAUUGUCAAUACACCUGAAAAACUGAAGUUUCUCCAGAACAUAGCUGGUGCUGAAAAGUAUUUUAUUGGCUUAACAUACCAGCGUGCAGAGAAAAAGUGGAGUUGGAUCAACAACUCAGUGUUCAAUGGCAAUGUUACCAAUCAGAAUCAGGAUUUCAACUGUGUGACCAUUGGUCUAACAAAGACGUUUGACGCUGCAUCAUGUGACAUCAGCUACCGUAGGAUCUGUGAGAAAAAUGCCAAAUGAUCACAUUUCUUUGGGAUAGGAACAAAUAGACUUAUGAAGUGGCAAAAAGAGAAUAUUUGCAACUGGGACUGUUCCAGGAAGUACUGAACAUCAAAUUACUGUAUCAGUCAUCAACAGGUUACUGGCAGAGCUAAUGUACCACACCCCUCCACAAAUAUACUUACACGCACCCGAGGCAAAAACCCCAGUCUGAGCCAGCAUUUCCCUGUUUCUCACAUUUCUUGUUAGAGUAGCACCUGCAGCUCUUUUUGAAAUCCCACAGGGCAUCUGGUCCAUGAUUCUUUAAUCUGUCUGUCCACCAGUAGGUGUCCUUGCCGGUCUGGGAAAAUGAGCUUCUGUAUUUUGCUUUGGGGGUCUGGAUGCUAGCCAUCUCCAGAGGAUAGGUUUAGUUUUAUGGAGAAAGCUCAGUGGUGUAGGGAUAAGGCAAGUGUCUGUAGAACUGAGUAUUUUUGACAGAUCAACAGGAUUUAGCCUGUUUAACAGAGUUUGUUUUAUUUUAUCUCAGAGCACACGACC